AGAUGGGAUGGCGGCCGGGCAGAGAUGCUCCUCACUUUCCAGAUUGGGCAGCCAGGCAGAGGGGCUCCUCACAUCCCAGACGAUGGGCGGCCAGGCAGAGACGCUCCUCACUUCCCAGACGGGGUCGCGGCGGGGCAGAGGCUGCAAUCUCGGCACUUUGGGAGGCCAAGGCAGGCGGCUGGGAGGUGGUUGUAGCGGGCCGAGAUCACGCCACUGCACUCCAGCCUGGGCACCAUUGAGCACUGAGUUAACGAGACUCUGUCUGCAAUCCCGGCACCUCGGGAGGCGGAGGUUGGCAGAUCACUCGCGGUUAGGAGCUGGAGACCAGCCCGGCCGACACAGUGAAACCCCGUCUCCACCAAAAAAAUACGAAAACCAGUCAGGCGUGGCGGCGCGCGCCUGCAAUCGCAGGCACUCGGCAGGCUGAGGCAGGAGAAUCAGGCAGGGAGGUUGCAGUGAGCUGAGAUGGCAGCAGUACCGUCCAGCUUCGGCUCGGCAUCAGAGGGAGACCGUGGAAAGAGAGGGAGAGGGAGACCGUGGGGAGAGGGAGAGGGAGAGGGAGAGGGACCUGUAUGUUGGUUUGAUGGAUAAUGUCUAUGGUUUGUAGAUGAACUUAACAGGAUGAAUAGAGACAAGUGCAUCUACUGUAACUUUCCAGGAGUGGAAUCCAGUUUAUUGAGUUUGAACAGAGGACUUCAUAUAUUAAGCAUAGUCUUAUAUGUUUUGUUCAGUUAUAACUGCCUCUUUGUCCUUUGCAUUUGAACUUUUAAAAAUACGUGAAAGUUUUACCUAUAUUUACUUAGUCAAAUUGUUCUUUGUGGUUUCUUAGAAUAAAACAGUUGUCAUCUGCUCUCUUCCUCUUCAAAUUUCAGCUUCUCAAAGGUAAUCACUUUGAACUCAGUUUAGUAUCUUUUGCUGUUUACUUUCAUAUGUCUAAAUAACAUGUUUGUAUUGGUAUUUCUAGGCUUUCAGUUUUAAGCAGUUAUCUACAGACAACACAAUGGAAAGAAGGAAUUAGCUCUCUUUCAGACACUCAGGCCCUUGACACUCAGGAAUCAGUGUCAUUCAAGGACGUAACUGUAGACUUCAGUAGGGAUGAGUGGCAACAAUUAGACCUUGCUCAGAAAAGCCUGUACAGAGAAGUGAUGCUGGAAAACUAUUUCAACUUGAUCUCAGUGGGAUGUCAAGUUCCCAAACCAGAAGUCAUCUUCAGCUUGGAACAAGAAGAGCCAUGUAUGUUGGAUGGUGAGAUCCCCAGUCAGAGCCGUCCAGAUGGGGACAUUGGUUUUGGACCUUUACAACAGAGGAUGUCUGAAGAAGUUUCUUUCCAGUCUGAGAUUAAUGUUAAUCUCUUCACAAGAGAUGACCCAUAUUCCAUUUUAGAAGAAUUGUGGAAAGACGAUGAACACACAAGAAAAUGUGGAGAAAACCAGAACAAACCUUUAAGUCGUGUUGCCUUGAUUAACAAGAAAACACUAGCUAAUGACAGCAUCUUUGAAUAUAAGGACAUUGGGGAAAUAGUUCAUGUAAACACACACCUGGUUUCCUCAAGAAAAAGACCCCAUAACUGUAACUCGUGUGGAAAGAAUUUGGAGCCUAUCAUAACCUUAUAUGAUAGAAACAAUGCAACAGAAAAUUCUAAGACUAUUGGAGAUGGUGAUAUUUUCACUCAUUUGAAUUCUCAUACAGAAGUGACUGCUUGUGAAUGUAACCAAUGUGGGAAACCUCUGCAUCAUAAGCAAGCUCUCAUUCAACAACAGAAAAUUCAUACUAGAGAGAGCCUCUAUUUGUUUUCUGACUAUAUAAAUGUUUUCUCCCCGAAGUCACAUGCCUUUGCACAUGAGAGUAUUUGUGCUGAAGAAAAGCAGCAUGAAUGCCAUGAAUGUGAGGCAGUCUUCACUCAGAAGUCCCAGCUUGAGGGCAGUCAGAGGGUUUAUGCAGGAAUAUGCACUGAAUAUGAGAAGGAUUUUUCCCUCAAGUCAAACCGUCAGAAAACUCCUUAUGAGGGGAAUUACUAUAAAUGCAGUGACUAUGGAAGAGCCUUUAUCCAGAAGUCAGAUCUGUUCAGAUGCCAGAGAAUUCAUUCUGGAGAAAAACCUUAUGAGUACAGUGAAUGUGAGAAAAACCUCCCUCAGAAUUCAAACCUUAAUAUACAUAAAAAAAUUCAUACUGGAGGGAAACACUUUGAAUGUACUGAAUGUGGAAAAGCUUUCACAAGGAAAUCAACACUAAGUAUGCAUCAGAAAAUCCAUACAGGAGAAAAACCCUAUGUAUGUACUGAAUGUGGGAAGGCCUUUAUCCGGAAGUCACAUUUUAUCACACAUGAAAGAAUUCAUACUGGAGAAAAACCCUAUGAAUGCAGUGACUGUGGGAAAUCCUUUAUUAAAAAAUCACAACUCCAUGUGCAUCAGCGAAUUCACACAGGAGAGAAUCCCUUUAUAUGUUCAGAAUGUGGGAAGGUCUUCACUCACAAGACAAAUCUCAUUAUACACCAGAAAAUUCAUACAGGAGAAAGACCCUAUAUAUGUACUGUAUGUGGUAAGGCCUUUACUGACAGGUCAAAUCUCAUUAAGCACCAAAAAAUUCAUACUGGAGAGAAACCUUAUAAAUGCAGCGACUGUGGAAAAUCAUUCACCUGGAAGUCUCGGCUCAGGAUACAUCAGAAGUGUCAUACUGGAGAGAGACAUUAUGAAUGCAGUGAAUGUGGGAAAGCAUUCAUUCAGAAGUCAACACUAAGUAUGCACCAGAGAAUUCAUAGAGGGGAAAAACCAUAUGUUUGCACUGAAUGUGGUAAGGCCUUCUUCCACAAAUCCCAUUUUAUUACACAUGAGAGAAUUCAUACUGGAGAGAAACCCUAUGAAUGCAGUAUUUGUGGGAAAUCCUUCACUAAGAAAUCACAGCUCCACGUACAUCAGCAGAUUCACACAGGAGAGAAACCCUAUAGAUGUGCUGAAUGUGGAAAGGCUUUUACUGACAGAUCAAAUCUCUUUACACACCAGAAAAUUCACACUGGAGAGAAACCUUAUAAAUGUAGUGACUGUGGGAAAGCCUUCACUAGGAAGUCAGGUCUCCAUAUACAUCAGCAAUCCCAUACUGGAGAAAGGCAUUAUGAGUGCAGUGAAUGUGGGAAAGCCUUUGCAAGAAAAUCAACACUAAUUAUGCAUCAGAGAAUUCAUACAGGAGAGAAACCCUAUAUUUGUAAUGAAUGUGGGAAAUCCUUCAUCCAGAAGUCACACUUAAAUAGACACAGGAGAAUUCAUACUGGAGAGAAACCCUAUGAAUGCAGUGACUGUGGCAAGUCUUUCAUUAAGAAAUCACAACUCCAUGAGCAUCAUCGAAUUCACACAGGAGAGAAACCAUAUAUAUGUGCUGAGUGUGGAAAGGCCUUCACCAUCAGAUCAAAUCUUAUUAAACACCAGAAAAUUCAUACUAAACAGAAACCCUAUAAGUGCAGUGACUUGGGGAAAGCCUUAAACUGGAAGCCACAACUCAGUAUGCCUCAGAAAUCUGACACUGGGCAAGUAGAGUGCUCCAUGCCACAAUUAUGGUGUGGGGACUCAGAAGGUGACCAAGGCCAACUUUCUUCUAUCUAGUUAGAAUUAUGAACAUCUGGAUCAUAUAGCUGAUGUGUAGUUACGCAUAUGGGGAGACACUUUUGAGAGUGUUUAAGCAAUGUAUAGUGGCCAUCUUUGGUUACUUCAUAUUGGUGUUGUCAAGCUCCUGCAAAUAAUAGUAAAUGUGCAAGGAGAUGAUUGGCAGUCUUUCUUGUUUCACUUUUUGGGCAAACAGUUUUAUAAAUUCAUGGCUGUUGAGUUUUUCAUGUUCUGGGUACCACAAUUAUUCAAUAUUGACCCCAAAAAAUUCAUAAUGAGUAGUAUGAUGAGAUAAUUUUACAUUGUCUAAGCAGCCUAAGGACACUGAGAUCAAGGCAAAGGGAGGGCAAUUUAGGUCUAUAAUGAAAGUGAAUCAGCAGUUUUUGUGAAAACACUAAAGACAGAAAGGACUCUACUUUUUUUUAAAUUUUCUUUGGGAAGUCACCAUUAUUUAUUGUUAUAUCUGUUGGCGUAUGCUGGGGCAGCAGUUAGCCAAGAGGUCUGAAAUUGCUCUUUGCCUAUUUCUCAAAAGUCUAUAUUAUUACCUUAGAACUGGCCCUACGAUCAUGGAACUUAGAUACAGGGACCCAGGUCUAGAUAGCAGCACUUUAGAUCCUCAGCUUUCGCCACAGAAACCUGCACUUUUUUGAUGUUGUUGUUACCAACUCCUGUUUGAAAAAUAGGACAAAUUAAGAAAAUGGAUAUCAAAUCCUAAAAUUUUUUCCCACUAAUUUUGUUAGUACAUUCUCUACAUGUUCGUUACUUGCUAGAUUACCAUGAGACACAAGCAUCUUGAAUUUUAGUUUGUGUCCUUAGAAGAUAAAAUAUAGUUGAACAUUUGGAAGACUUCUCCUUUUAUCUCCUCACAAUCUCUACAAACUAAUCUUAAUUAAUUUUGUUUUUCAAAUUCUCUGUAUUUGAAUAGACUUUUUUGUCUUUUCUUCUAUCAAAUACUGAAAGAACUGUGUUGUAAUUUUACAAAUAAUUGUGAAUUUGUCUCCUUUAGAGCUACUAAUUUUUGCUUUAUAUAUUUUGUCUUUGAUUUUACAUACAAUUUAGAAUUGUAAUCUUCCUGGUUAAUUGACACAUUAUCAUUAUUAGAUGUUUCUUUUUAUCUCUAGUAAUUUUUUGCCUUAAAUGUACUAUGUCAGAUACUAAUUUACAUAUGGAUUAAAAGCUAAUGUAAAUUAGUACUAACAUUUCUGGACAAGGGGAGAAGUUAUAACAUUAAUUUCAUUUAUUUGUCUCUCAUAUGGUAUUAAUUUUGUAUAUUUGGAUUCUGUACAUGGUGAACAUACCCAAUCAUUAUUUGAGUCAAUAUCCAUUUAAAUUAACCCACAUAUUUAUCAUUUUAAUUACUUUUUUAUUCCUCCCUGUCCUUUAAGUUUUCCUCUAGAAUUAUUUUGCUUCUUACUGAAGAACACCCUUUAGUAUUUCUUUUACUGUGAGUUUGGUGGUGACAAAUUGUUCUUCAUUUGUUGGCAGUGUUUUAUUUUGCCUUCAUUUUUGAAGGAUACUUUUACUGAAUAUAGAAUUCUAAGUUGAAAGUUGUUUUCUAUUAGUAUUUUGAUGAUAUUUUAUUUUGGUUUGUCUUUUAUUGUUUUAUUGAGAAGCUUUAUAUAAUUACCUUUGCAGGCAAUUUGCUUUUCUGUCUCCUUUGAAAUUUAUCUAUUUGUCUUUGUUUUUCAACUGUUGCACAUUGAUAUGCCUAGGUGUAAUUUUUCCAUGUAUUUAUCCUCCUUGAAGUUUAUAAUGUUUUUUAAAUCUGUGGUUUAGUGGUUUUGGGGUGUGUGUGUGCAUGUGUGCGUGUACGUGUGUGCACACGUGCAUUUGGGGAAAUUCCUAGCUAUUAUCUAUUCAAAUUAUGUAUCUGCCUCAUUCUCCUUCUCUGUUUCUUUUAGGGAUAGCCUUAUUACCCAGUUCUGUUGGCCUGUUUUCUAAUGGUUAUUUUUCUUGAAUUUUGCUGAUGUCCUAUCUCCUCAUAUGGUGAUUUUUAUAUCACUUGCCAGACAAUAUAUAUUAAAAUUUUAGAGGUAAUAAGAUGGUCUGGAUAAUAUCUUCUUCCAGAGAGGAUUUGCCAUAGCUUCUAACGUAGCUUCUUAGGCUAUGAUCACUAGUAAUCCCUGACUGCCUUUAUCGAGUCAUGUAUUAAGAUUAUUUGAAACUGGGCUUGAGUCUCUGGAAGACUCAUCUUAUUUUAUUAUAUGUUCAGAAUGUGAACAUCUAAACCUUAUUUCUAGGAUACUUUUAGGACUUAGGAGUUUGGGAGGUACAUCAGGCCCCACCUCUUUGGAAAGACUUGAAUUCUAGUAUUUCUCCUUCGGUCACUUGAAUUUGUCAAAAAUUCUCUCCAGCCUCUCUUGCCCAGUAUUUGCUGUCAGAAUUAGCAAAUACCUCUUAGUAAUAAACAGUUUCAGACAUUAUGUCCCAAAUAUGAGACUUUAUGUCUUGUCUCCAAUUUUAUUCCUGCAGUUUCUCACUGCCGUGGUAGCUUUCUUAUGCCUUCAAAAAAUUAAAUGUGUUUAAUAUUUUCAUUCACCUUUUUUAGUUCCCAAAGGAAGUACUAGUCUGUACCACCUACUCUGCCACUGGCAGAUGUUUUUAAUUCGUUGAGAUAGCUACUUGUAUUUAAGAAGUAUCAAGACCAAAAA